AUGGAUCUUACCUCUCCAAUCCCCUAUCUCCUUCUACAUUUACUUGUCUUUGUUUCUUUGUUUUAUUCUAAUAAUUCUCUAGAAACAAGAAAUCCAUUAGUUAAUCAAACUUUUAGAUCAGAGGAUGAAAUUCAAAAGUUGAAGGAAACCAUAGCUAUUCAACUUAAGCAACUCAACAAGCCAGCAGUUAAGACAAUUCAUAGUCCUGACGGCGAUAUCAUAGAUUGUGUUUUGACACAUCUACAACCAGCUUUUGAUCAUCCUUUAUUGAAAGGACAAAAACCAUUGGAUCCUCCAGAAAUUCCAAACGGGAAUAAUCAAAUGAAUAAUUUUAGUGGAGGUUUUCAACUGUGGAGUUUAUCAGGUGAAUCAUGUCCCGAUGGAACAAUUCCAAUAAGAAGAACAACAGAACAAGAUUUGAUAAGAGCUAGCUCUGAUAGUAGAUUUGGAAAAAAAUUUCCCACUGCUAGCGAUUAUCACCAACAUGCAAUUCAGUAUGUGCAAGAUGGAGUGUUCUAUGGAGGUCAAGCUAAUUUGAAUGUGUGGAAUCCACAGGGAGACUCUGAUGAUCUAUUCAGCUUGGCUCAAAUGUGGGUAAUGUCUGGUACAUUUGGAAAAGACCUCAACACCAUGGAAACUGGUUGGCAG